CACUCUCUAUGACACAAACGCCAAGUCGUUAUAAUAGAGAAAAGAUUUGCCUUUUGUGUGUAGAAAAAAAAAGGCUAAACUUUUCAAAACUCUCUCUGUCUAUAUAUCUUUGCAACGGCUCUCUCUCUCUCUCUAAUUCAAAUUCUUUCGCUUAACGUCUCCUUGCUGCUUCUAUACUACUUGGAGCUCUCUCCCAAUCUCAAAUGCUCAAAACCCUCCAUCUCAAAUCUGUAUGAUCUUUCCUGAUCUGACCCACUUCUCUAAAAUCUCAGAUCUUCUCUCUCUCUCACAUUUUCCAGAUCUGAAUUUACACUUAAUGGAUGGAUCCAUAAGUAAAAGGCUAAGACUUUAGAAUCCCUGUGAAAGUGAAAGCUACUUGUAAUUGCAAUCCACUGAGACUGAUUCGCAAAGACUGGUCCUUUAGCUCAAUUCAAUCAGUGAAAAAUAAAAUGGACAUUGUUGAGAGGAAACGACCUAGAGGAACGUUUCUAAAUCUGUUUGAUUGGCCUGGCAAAUCAAGAAAGAAGCUUUUCUCAUCCAAUGUCUCCCAAAUCUAUGAAAAUUUAAAGCAAGCAAAGGAGAAUGUUCAAAACCCACCAACUAUACCACAUUCUGUUUUUGAGGUUGAUCAGACUAUAAAGAACUCAACUUUCAAUCCAAGAAGCGACUCGAGCUGUUGUGCAUCCUCUGUAACUAGUGAUGAUGGAAAUGUGGCUAGAGCACCAAGUGUGGUAGCAAGGCUCAUGGGUUUAGAGUGUAUACCACAACCAAACGUUAUGGAACGUCCUGAUACUGAUCCAUACUUUCUCAGAUCCUUGCGUCAGGCAAACACUUUUGAUGUCAAUGCUGAUCAUAAGAGUGACGUUUCUUGGGAUCAUUUGGAUUCAAGAACAGUUAAAGGACCACGUAAGAGGAUGAUUGAGCGGUUUCAAACCGAAGCCUUACCUCCAAGAACCGCUAAACCGAUCUCUGUCACUCACAGUAAGCUCUUGUCUCCUAUAAGGAACCCUGGGUUUGUUCCAUCUAGAAACCCUGCUUAUGUAAUGGAAGCUGUUUCAAGGAUGAUAGAGCCAAGUCCACCACGGAUGAUGGCUAGAACAAGGGUGAUCACAUCAUCUGAUUCUUCUUCUCCAGUUCCCUUAAGGAUCAGAGAUUUGAAAGAGAAACUAGAAGCUGCUGCACAGAAAGCUCCUACUUCAUCCCCUCAAAUCUUCAGUGACAGUAAGAAAACUAAAGUUUUGGGGAGAAACAGUUGUGAUGGGUUAAAGGCCAGGAGUAAUCAGAAGCUUGACAGCUUAAUAACGUCCUCAAGUGGGAACAGAAGGAGCCAAAAGGAGAAAGCAGAAGCUAAGAGCCGUGCAGUGAAAAGCCAAAAUGGUCUCAAAGGAUCUUCCUUAAGCGCAGGGAAGAAUGUGCUUAAGCAGAAUCACCAGAAGCAAAACUGCAGAGACAAUCAGCAGAGUAGGAAAGCAAUGAACAAAGUUGUAAACAAGGUUGUUGUUGUGGAUAGUGGAUCUACAUCGAAAAAGAGUGUUCCUCGAAGCAAGAAACCGCGAAAUGGGGUGCAAGAACCUGGAAUCAAAAGGGGUGAGAAGUUGAUAAAAUGCAACGUUUCCAUCGAUGGUGAAUCAAGAACAAGUAAAGAUGAUCAGAAAAGGGAAACGGAUGUGGUUUCUUUCACUUUCUCGUCUUCAAUGAAAGGUUUAUCAUCUCACUCACAAGGAAACAGACAAGAUGCAGACUCUGCUGUUAAGUUUAAUGUGAUAGGUGGUGAUUCAUUAAAUGCGCUUUUGGAGCAAAAGCUCAGAGAACUGACCUCAAAGAUUGAAGCUUCUAGCUCUAGUUUGAUCCAAGCUUCUAGCUCUAGUUUGAUCCAAGAAGAGUCUUUAAAAUCCAUUUCUAGCUCUAGCUUGAUCCAAGAAGAGAGUGAAUCUGUUUCCGACUGCACAUCAUUCUAUAACAACCAGAAAUGUCAGAAGAAGAAGAUGAUGCAGGGAGAAGAAAUUGAAGUUAGCAGCAUCAGCACUCUUACAGAGGCUGAUGAUUCCACACUCUCCUGCAACAAAAAUUUCACAGAUAGCAGACAAGACAGUGAAUAUGAAGCCAACCAAACAUUAAAUGAAACAUACUCUGCAGCAACAGUUGACUGGGAGUUUGAGUACAUAACCGAGAUCCUCAAAUCCAGCCAGCUAAUGUUUCAAGACUUGGCCACUAAUGAACUAUUAUUACCCUCAAGCCUCUUUGAGGAAAUGGAACGCUCUCAAGGAGGUGUAACGUCAAUGAAGAUGGAAAGAAAGGCGCUUUUUGACUGUGUGAACCAGUGCGUAGCGGUGAAGUUGGAAAGGAUGUUAGUUGGAAGCUGCAAAGGGAUGAUGGUGAUGUUGUUGGAACAUAGAGAUUUGUUGGCUGAAGAAGUGAACAGAGAAGUCAAAGGGUUGAAGAAGAUGAGAGAGAUGAUGAUAGACGAGCUUGUGGAUCAUGACAUGAGCUGUUUGGAAGGGAGAUGGAUUGGUUUUGAGAGAGAGAUGUUUGAGGAAGGCAUUAAUAUAGAAGGAGAGAUAGUUUCUUCUUUGGUUGAUGAUUUAGUUACUGAACUUUUCUCUACUAGCAUUCUUAAACAGUAGUGGUAGGUUUAAAAAAGUUAACUAAAUUUAGUUUUGUUAAUAUUUUAAUAUUUAAAAAUUAAACAUUUUAAAAUUUAACUAGAUCUUGACCCGCACGACUGUACGGAUUUUAUUUAAUAUUAAAUAUUUUAGGUUAUGCAAUAAAAUAUAUCAAUAAAUUAUUACAAUUUUGUGUUAUAUAUUAUCUAAUUUUAUAAUAAUAUUUAUUUUAUAAAAAUUAUUAUUAUGUAACAAUACUGAUUUAUGUAAUUUUUGUUUUCUUUUUAAAUUUGAAAUAUAUGUGCAAAUUAAAUUAA